AUGUUCCACUCCAAUGGCAUCUCAUCAAUCGAUCUCAUUAAUGAAAGCAGCCAUCAUGCAUCUCCUAACGUCGCUCAUAACGACAACGGUCAAUCUCAUUGCGGUUCCCGUGCAAACCCAAUUCUCGGGCUUCGUCCAGCGAAAACCGUCCUAAAACACUUAAACUCGAACAAAAGAUCCACCCGACCCGUCGUCUACUACGAUUGUGCCGCCAAAGUCAUCUUCUACGACAUCGCCCUCGAAGACAUCUACUUUCACUAUUCCCACCUCGCUCAGUUCCAAAGGAGCCAAAUAGAAAUGGACAAAGCCGUCGAAUUGCGGAGCAUCCUGAAGAGAAUGCCUGAAAAGGCGCGAAUGGCGUCUAAGCCCAUCGGAGUGCAGUUGAAAGAAUUUCUGAUCGAUCCACACCUUGACGUCGCCAUCAUUGAAGACAAGGACCCGAGUGACUGGCAUUUUGCAGUGCCGGCUGUUCCGACGAGUUUCUUUCCCGGGUUGGAGCCUAAGAGCGCGUGUCUUUUGUUGACGACGCAUGUGAAGCGGGAUGUGCCUGUGGCUGUGUCUGGACCUGUUGCUACGGGUGUUUAG